CAAUCUUGAACUCAUAUGGUUGCUUUGGAUCAUUUGUCGGUUACUGCUUCAGAAAGCCAAAUGGCAGAGCAAAAUAUUAUCAAGGAGCCCAGAAAAAAUGGUCUUGCAUUGUGGCAAAGCUCAGCCAUUGGCCCUAUUACCCCUGGAUCUUCAAAAUCAUUUGCUAAUAAAUUUCCUGCUUGGUUGGAUGCUGCAAUCUAUGGCCCCAGGACAUGUUCAUUAGAAAGUGGUUCUUUGACUGAAAAGGCUUCAAAAGUUGCCAUGGAUAGGAAGUCAACGAAGAGGUGUGUUACUCAUAUCUACAUCAGCCGUCUCAUUCGAAAUUUACAGAUGCACAACAAAGACAUCACUCUUCAAUUGAAACCCCAUAGAGGAGUACAGCAAACAGCUCUCUUGUAUCCAAAUGAUCGCGGUAACUUGAGAAAUGCUGUAAAUGGCAAUAUACCUAGUAGCUAUUCUGGAAACUCUGCUCCCGGUAGAAAUGAUUAUGAAACUAGAAAUGGUAUUCUACAGCCGAAGAUUUUCUAUCAGGAACACCCACAGGUUGCUUCAGCAUCUGGGAGGAACACUUCAAAUAAGCAGACUUUUGAAUUCUUGUCUUUGUCGACUGGGGGCAUUAGUAUGGAAGUUAAUAAUAACUCUAUUAAAGUUGGAAAUGCAAUUGAAUCACUGUCACAAUUCCAAGGAAAAGUUCCUUACCUUCAUUCAUUUCAACAACACCAGUCACUUGUGCCUUUCUCAGUACCCGCAACUUGUUACACAGACCCCCUUUCAACGGCUACAGCUACACAGCAGGUCCAACCGCAGCUACCUCAAUAUCCCAGUAACCCUUUUUGCGUCCCUCCUUACAUGUGUCAUUCAGGAGUUACAAAACAACAGCAACAUCAGCGACUUUGGGCAGCUCACCUAGCAACUCAGUACAAGCCUGGUGGAACCUCCACGGUCUUGACCCAAUUUCCGAGCAGGCAAAAUGGAAAGAACGAGUCCUGUACUUCGAUUCCUUAUGCUCAUAAUGCCAUUCCUCCCUUUUCAAGUCUAGAUAUUCCGAGUCCCAAGUCUAAUAUAGUCCCACAACAUCAACUGCUGAAAAUGGCCAUUUCUUCAUCUUUGCCCCCAACUAGAGCGAGAAGGUCAGACCACCAUCUUCCAUCCAUAUACGACGAAAGGAAUGGUAGAUUACGCACUGGUGGAACGCUGUCUUUGCAGUUACUCUGCGAUGAGCGCCUCUGAAGUUUGAAUUAGGUCCCUUCCACUUACGAUGCACAGUAAGCAUUGUUUUAUUCUUUCAACUGCAGAUCAUAGACGGUGCUCAUGGUUGCAACGAUGAAAGAGUGAGAGGCUUAUCUAAUUGUCCUACAAAU